AUGUCAGAUAGUGUGGAGCCCUCCUAUAAAAACAGGCAAGAAGGCCAGGGCUUUGUGAGUGAGGAUGAAUACCUGGAAAUCUCUGACAUCAAACGUGACCAGUCUGGGGAGUAUGAAUGCAGCGCCUUGAAUGAUGUCGCUGCACCUGACGUGCGGAAAGUCAAAAUCACUGUUAACUACCCUCCCUAUAUCUCAAAAGCCAAGAACACCGGUGUCUCAGUUGGUCAGAAGGGCAUCUUGAGCUGUGAAGCCUCUGCUGUGCCUACAGCUGAAUUCCAGUGGUUUAAAGAAGAUACCAGGCUAGCAACCGGCCUGGACGGCGUGAGGAUUGAGAACAAAGGUCGCAUAUCCACUCUGACUUUCUUCAAUGUUUCAGAAAAGGAUUAUGGGAACUAUACUUGUGUGGCAACAAACAAGCUUGGGAACACCAAUGCCAGCAUCACACUGUAUGAAAUAAGCCCCUCAUCAGCAGUGGCAGGGCCUGGAGCAGUCAUUGAUGGUGUAAACUCGGCUUCUAGAGCACUGGCUUGUCUCUGGCUAUCAGGGACCCUCUUUGUCCACUUCUUCAUCAAGUUUUGAUAAGAAAACAUAGGUUCUCUGAGCAACGCCUGCUUCUCCAUAUCACAGACUUUAAUCUACACUGCGGAGGGCAAAACAGUUUGGGCUUCUUUCUGUUUGUUUGUUUCUGUUAUUCUUCUUGAUUUUUUUGAUUUUUGGGUUUGUUUUUUUUCUUUGACUUUUAUUUUCCAGGUUAAAUGAAUGGGGUUGAGGGAGGGGUGGACAGGGUUCUACUGUGUGUAGGAUAAUCAUUCACUGGUGUGUCCAAAAGUGGAAUCUGUUCCUGCUACCUUGGCCCUUCCCUUUCCUCUACUUCCCUCCCCACCAUCACCACCACCAAUCUCUCCUCCCCCUCCUCCACAUUAAAACAUAAGCUCCAUUUGGGAAAAAAAUGUGCCUCAUGAUUAACACCCUAAAGACACAACUUGAGUUAUAAUGUAAUGCACAGCAAGAGUUAUACCCAAGUGUUCUAUUACCUGUGUCUUUUAAGCUUUGGACCAUUUUCUUGACUACAGUGUAUAUAUCCUUAUCGCCAUGUUUAUUAUUAUCUAAUUGCAUUAGAGUUCACAUCCUUUCUUUCUGCCAUGUUAUCUCAGUAUAUAUAUAUAUAUAAUUUUGCCAUCUUCUCUAGCCACUCUACUCUAUUUGUGUUCCUCACCAGCUAUAAAGAUUAGAGGUUUGGGGCUAUUCACACAACCCAACACUAAAAAUUUAGAAGUCAAAUGACCAAAAUGGGGGGAGGCAUUUUGAGAAUAGUGAUUCUCUUUAAAAAUGCUGUCCAACUCAUAAAAAAUGAUUCCUAGAUGGCUGAUUAUUUGGGUUUUAUCAAGCUAUUUAUCAAAGUAAUCAUAUGAUUAUCCAUCUACUCAAUUGUCUGAUUUACCUCUCUAUUCAAUUAUCUAUCCACCCAUCUUCCUCUCUAGCAAUCUAUUUACUCUACUUACCAAUCUAUCAAUGUAAUUAUCUAACACUUCUUUCUAUUUCUUUCCCCACUAUUCAUUAUCAAUUCAUCACCAUAUUAAUGUCUAAUUAUAUUGUGUCUUUUCUAUUGUAUUCAUUUCUCUUCUACCUUCAGCAGACAUUGGCAUCUUCAAAAUUAUCUAUCAGCUUCUCAAAUGAAAGCCAGUGAUCUCACAGGCUAACAACAUAGAAAAGCAAUAUGUCAUGGACUCUUUGGAACAUGGUAUCCCAUCUUCCCAAAGUAGAUGCUGUUAGCAGAUGGACCAAAGUAGCAAUGUAAUGAUCAGUCACUCACUAUUCCCAGAAGAGACUGUGUUUUCCAAAACUUCUCGGGAAGCAGAUCAGCCCUGGAAAGCCUUGAUUAGUACUGUCUUUUUUUCUUUUUUUUUCUUUCACACUUGAAGGACCAAGGUGCCAGCCUUCAUGCUUCUCUCAGCCUUUCAAGAAAGUGUAUGUCAGGAACCUAUGGGACAUACUCCAUUGCUGGCUUCUCUUAAUAGCAAGAACAUAAAUUGUAAAUAAAAACAAAACAAAACACACACACACACACACACACACACACACACACACACACCUGUCUGUGGAAUAUGAAGAGAGCAGUCCACCAGUCUGAGUGUGAUGACUUCGGCUAUUGUCUCCUCUUUGCUCCAGUUUUGGUUUAAUAUGUUUGAAAACUAUCCAGUAAAAAGCUGAUGACACCAAUUACAUGGCGGGUGUGUUGACAACUCUAAUAUUUGUUUCAGGAAACUCUUCUGAGCUGAGGGCACUUGAGCAACUGACUUAAUUUCUAAGCACUUGAUUAACACAACACUGCAAACAGAAGGGGGAACGUGUAAGUGACACACAAUUUCCUCUGAUACAGGCUGCCUCUCCACUGGUUUGGGGGAAGAAUUCCCUCAGCUCUCCAUGUUCAAGCAGAUCCCACAUAUAAACAAGAGCUGACCUGACAUUUCUUCAUUAUCUCCUGAGACAAGAAGGAUUCAGCCAGCAAAGGUGCCUGUGAUCCAAAAGAAUGGCAUUGAAAACCACACAAGGUUGUACUCCUCUUGACCUGUGCUGCAGGGACUGACCUACUGAGAGGAUGAGAAUAAAGCACCAACAAUGACUAGCUCACAGACAUGCCUGCCUCAAUUGGAAAACUCUUUCAGGCCCACACUCAAAAAUAUUAUGUGUGUGUAUCUCUCUCUCUCUCUCUCUCUCUCUCUCUCUCUCUCUCUCUCUCUGUGU